UGUCCUCUGACGACGCACUGAGCUCUGUGGCACCGACACUUGAGCGCACAGAGAUGGGUGAAGUUGAACGCCAGCUUCGAAAUCUGGUUGCCGAAUUGUGAGCUACCUAGCGGGAUUUCGAUAUCGAACAACCUCUCUCGUUUGGGACUUUUGCCUCAAUAUGUACUUGAUUCAUCUGUGUGAAAUCACAGUUUUUUCUGGACUUGUCUAAGGUUCCUCUCUGUGACAUUAGUCAUAUGAAUAGCAAUUAAGAAAUGGGGCUACAAAAGAAUUUAAAAAGUAAUUAGGCUUUUUUUUUAUACCGGUGUUUUGAUCCGUUUGUCUUUUCGAAGCACGAUAUUGGAGAAAUGAGGUGAACACCUGAUUUCAGACGAGUCAUCUGAAACCCUACGCGUUGGGGUGGACUUUCUCCCUUUUUUUCAAUGUGAAAAUCGAGGAGUGUGUGGCAUGACUGAAAAGCUGAAAAUCGUCAGUCUCUGCCCAUGAGAUUGCCUGUUUCUUCAUCUCGGACCUGUUACUCCGAGCCAGCCACAGGGAGAAUCUCCGCACUGAGGGGCACCGAGCGCCAAUUCAUAGUGACAGGAAACAGGAUCGUUGUGUGCUUGUGGAUUAAAAAAAAAAGCACUUGGCACCCAAAAGAAUCAAGGACGUAGUUGCUCGCAAAUCCAGUCCUCUCUUUACAGCUUGAGACUUCAGAACUUUAUCUGGAAUGCGAAAAAGAGACUUGCAGCUCCAGUCGGGGACACUCUGAGAGACACGGGAGAGCACGUAGAAAACAAAAAGGAGUCAAAAUGAUUUCAGAAGAGCGAAGUAAUCACGUAGCCAAGCAGGCUUUAAACUUCCCCGUGGGCUUGCUGAUCAGCUCGCCAAAGAGACGCUUAGCUAAACUGGGCCGGAAACCCAGCAAUGGAUCCGUGCAGUCAAAUUCUUCCAGCGUUACCACCCGCUCGGCCGAAAGCGUGGGAGUGAGGCAGCCAGCCAAAAAUAAGAUCCGAAGGCACAACAACCGGCUGUCGACGGUGUUCAGCCGGAGCCCCUACCUGAAGGACGGCCAGAGAGUGGGGGACUCGGCGGUCAUGGGUGGGAUCCAGGUGACGGACGACCCAGCGGAGCUCUCCAUGCAGGUGUCCGCCCCCGGCGUCCUGAAGAUCUUUGGCAACGAGAUCAGCCAAGGCGCAAACUACAAGAGCGUGCUGGCCACUCCGCGCUCCAGCGCCAAGGAGCUGGUGAAGGAGGCCCUGGAGAGGUACUCGCUGGACAAGGCUGAGGCUGGGGACUAUGUUCUGUGUGACGUGAUUGGAAGGACUGGGGAGGACCACCAGUGGAGGACAGAGUGCUUUCGAGUGGUGGGCGACCAUGAGAAGCCCCUCAUGCUGCAGUCGCUAUGGAAACCCAAGGAAGGCUUCUCCCGGCGGUUUGAGAUUCAGAGAAAGUCCAGUGUGGAGGAGAAGACUGCCAGGGAGAAAGACACGCUUACGGCAGGCAUCAACGCCCAGGCUCGCAAGCUGCAGAAAAUCAGGUCCCGGGUCACCUCUGCAUUCAUCGACGGCAACGUCAACAGCAGCCUGGCGCUGUGGAGGAGUGUGAGCGAGAUGGACCUGUCUGUGAAGUCCAAGGACCCCCACAAGGCCAAGCCCCUCCUGCUGGAGGACACGGAGCCGGAGGCGGACAAAGAGGCCCAGUGUCUGCGGAUGGAGAAGGAGGAGACGGAGAGCAGCGACGACAACGCCACACAGUACUCCAUUCACCCCCCUUUCGACUUCCCUUACUUCCUCCUGCUGCAGGGCUACAGUUACAGACAGGAUUUCGUCAUUUACUUACUGAGCGGGGUGACCCACAUUUUUGGGCGAUGCAGCGAGCACUCAACCGGGGAGGAUGUAGAGCACCUCAAAGUGGACAUCCUGCUCUCUGCUCCGGACGUCCUGCCUCAGCACUGUUGCGUGCGUCGCCUGGAGACCCCCGGCCAGGGGGACAGAGCCAAGAGGACGGUGACACUGGCGCGGCCGCUCCACGGCGCCCCCGUGACUCACAACGGCGCCCCCCUCAAAGACGAGGCUGAGCUCCGGCCGGGGGACCUCCUGGGGCUGGGCGACCAUUACGUCUUCAUGUUCAAGGACCCCAUUGCCCCCGCCGCCAACCAGAGACCCGCGUGGCUGAUGUCGCACGCCCCUGGCUCGACGGGCACCUGCAGAACGUGCGGCUCUGCCCUGAAGUCCAAAGCUGCCUAUCUGAGACCGCUGCCCCUGCUGAAGGACCCCGACGGGGAAGACCUCUCCCUCCCGUAUGACCCCGGGCACGAGGACCAGCUGCUUAGGAGGAUCAUCCACCUGACCGACCCCAAGGGAAGCGACCCCUGCCUCACCCCGGCCUUCCUGCUGUGUCUUUGCAUCCAGCACGCGGCCACUUCCCUGGAGAUGGCUGACAUCCGCAGGCUUCUGCUCAGGAUAGCCAGCCAGGUCCAGACAGCCAUGUGGGAAAGGACUAAGGAGCUUGCUGCCAUCCAGUCGGAAAUGGGCUCCAGUCGAGCUGAGCCGGACCCCGAGGAGCUGAGCCUGCUGGGCAUCAAGGAGCUCAUCCCCGGCCUGCAGCCGCUGGUCUUCUGGAUGGCCAAUUCUAUAGAGCUGCUGCACUUCAUCCAGCAGGAUGUUCCCAAGCUCCUGCACUGGGACAGCGAGGAGGACAUAGCAGAAAUGUCCGAUUCUCAGCUGUCGGCCACCAGAUCAGCCAGCGAGGAGGCAAUGACAGUCCUUGAGGAGGUCAUUAUGUUUACCUUCCAGCAGUCUGUCUACUACCUCACCAAAACCCUCUACGCCACUCUGCCUGGCCUGCUGGACAGCAACCCCUUCUCUGAGAGCGGGCAGCUCCGCAUCCCGGAGGGGGUCAGCAGCAUCCUGGACAUCCUGAAGGAGACCCUGCAGCUGCUCAAUCAGUACCAGCUGCACGCGGAGAUCGCCUCGCAGCUCUUCGCCUAUCUCUUCUUCUUCACAAACGCCUCCCUCUUCAACGCCCUGAUGGAGCGAGGCUCUGGAGGGGGAUUUUAUCAGUGGUCCAAAGGGGUGCAGAUUCGCGCUAAUCUGGACCUGCUGAUUGAUUGGAUCCAGGGCAUCGGGCUGGGGGACCUAGCUCUGGACUUCUUUCAGAAGCUCUCCUCGGCCGUUAACCUGCUGGCCACACCCAAGGAGAACCUGCUGCAGGCCAGCUGGCGGUCCCUGCGCAGCGAAUUUGCCAACCUCAACCCUGCUCAGCUGCACCACAUGCUACGGGGGUACAACCCUGGGCGCUCGUGUCCUGCAGGCUGGAGCCCUGCCGCAGAGGAGGCAGAUGCUGCCAUGAGAACAGCUGAUAUUCUGGAAGGGUUUGACAAUCACCCUCCCCUGAUCCUGCCCAGCAGUAGUUUCCACAUCGAGCUGGGGAAGCCAGUCAAGGAGCCAGGUCUGCUGUCGCAGCUCAGCCAGCUGAAGGACUUCCUGCAGCAGCUCAGAGCAACCGAGCCGUCUGCCAGCACCAUGCAGCCCCAGCAGAGCCAGCAGAUUAGAGUCGAGGAGGAGGAAGAAAAAAAGAAGGUGUCCUGCUCUCCAAAUGGCACGGAGGAAUCUGCUUCUCCAGAGGAGGGCAGCAGUGAGCAGGCCUCCGAAAAACCCAGGGCUGAAGAAGAGACCAAGGAAAAAGAUGCCUCUGUAGUGCCUCCCCAUGGCCGUUUUUCACACGCCGCCUGCAGCGGUGACCUCAGCUCCUGCGAGGCGGUGCUCACCCAGAAACUGAAGAACCUGGAACUGCAGAGCAGCCUGCCUGGCCAGGCAGACCUCAGCUGCCACAAGAGACUGGCCUUGGAUCCCUCCUGCCUCCUCACACCCCCCAACACACCCCAAGGCCUGGAGCUGGCUGAGGCAGAGGCAGACCUGCAGGAAGGCACCUACAAGCACAUCGUAAAUGGCAGCAGCCCAGACAGGGAAGAUGAGGAAAGCCACUCUCUGGGCUGCGGGGCCCAGAGGAAUGCCGAGGAAGAGGAAGAGGUGUUCACUGUGGAGCUGGAGAGGGGCCCUCAUGGACUGGGUCUAGCCUUGGUGGAUGGAUUGAAAACGCAGCUGAAAAUGAGUGGAAUUUACAUCCGGUCUGUAAUUCCUGACUCUCCUGCGGCCAUGUGUAAGAAGUUGCACAUGGGGGAUCGCAUUCUGGCUGUCAAUGGAGCAAGCCUGGUGGGAAUAGACUACAGCAUAGGUAGGGAGCUGAUUCGCUCUUCGGGCGACCGGCUGAGAUUACUGGUGGCCAAGUCGGAGCUGCGAGGAUCGUCAUGCAUCUCGCCGACAAACUGUUGACCUGCAGGACAUUCGUCAACCUGCCUGGCCAGACCCUAACCAGGACGUGCACUUAGAGACUGCGCCGGAACUUCAGAUGCAGUGUAUGUGUUCUUGUUUUGUGAAUUGUUUUAUAAACAGGAUAGUAUUUAAAUACAGUGACUGUUACAAAGUGCAAAGCACUUCUCUGGGUCAGGUGGAUGUAUGUGAAGGAUUUUCAAGAAUUUAGGUCUUUUUUGUUGUUGUUUGAAGCAGCAUUUUGUGUUGUUUUUUUUUUUGGAACUCGUUGCUAUAGAGUUGCUCUUCAGAUUGUUUUUUUUAAUCUACUUGCUCAAGACUGAAACAAUUUUACAAUGUUACAAUUCUCAAAAAACAAUAUGCUGUUUGAUACUGGGUGGCUCGGAAAAAAUGGCCAAAAAUGUGGACGGCUUAUUGUUUUUAAUUAUAAUAUGUUUAAUAUACCAUCAAGUUAUUAGUGCUCGAACACUGUUUUAGCACAGUCAAUGACAGACACCUAACAGAUAGUCUGUUGUAGAUCUGGAAUACUUUGGCUCUGUGAAGUGUGUAAUCCCAGAAUUGCAAUUUUGUCUUGAUUACAAAAUAAAGUUCUAGGUCUUUAUUGAAGACAGAUGACAUUUUUUGGCAGCACAACUGGCAAAUUCAGCAUCAUACAGACCACUGCUCAUCCUGGGGAUCCACAAGAAUUGCAGCUGUCAAGAGUUCAGAACUGAAAUAGUGCCUUUGUGCAGAGCGCCGACAGGACAGAUUCACCUGUUAGGUGUCUUUCAGCCAACAAGCCUCAGAUGUUCUCUGUAUCUGUAUUCAUUACACAACCAAAUUCUGUCAUUUUGUCAUAAAUAAUCACGGUUUAAUAUACUUUUAUAUCUUUACUAUGUAAAAAUGUAAAAACCCUAUCUUAAUUUUAUAGGGCCAAUAUUUUAUACAGUAUAAGCAGAAAAGUCAUUUACCGUUUCAGAGUGUAAAAUCCUAUUAUUAUGAUUUGAAUCAGUAGUCAGCCUGACAGAUCUGGCGGAUGUAUCAGACUGAUUGAGCUGGAAUAGACAAAAUGGGUAUUUAGUCAGAAGGGCUGCCCUUUUCUCUAUGGUUUGAAAUGUCUCUUAUUAAAAGACGAACAUGGGGAAGUAUCCGGUGUAUCAACCCCUGGGUCCUGAUUCAUCCUGUACACUCUGUGCUCGGGUCGGACUGAAGUUUGGGUUUUGUCUUUCAAACCUCAUCUUUUUCUGUUGUUACCUGUAAGACAGUGUUACUUCAUCUGUUUUCAUGAAAAAUUCUGAUUGUGAUUUUACAACGUUUAUAUUGACAAUUAUUUUGUUAUACAUUAAUUAUACUGUAUAUGAUUUGUCUUUUCAUUAAACUAAGUAAGAACUGAAUA